AUGUAUAUUGGUGAAACUUCCUCCUCUCACCCUAGACAAGGGUAUGCAUCGAUUAUGUCUCAGGGAGUGAGUUUGUACAACUAUCUCAAGCAGUGCAAUCAGCUUUUGGAAGUUGGCGUGGACGACGACAACAUCCUGCUUCCAACGUCAGGGAAGCGCGCGAUCGGAACAAAUGGACUCAACGGUUGCACCUGUGUUGUCAUUCUGGGAAGGUCCAUCAUCCUGUCGCAUAUCUCACCUCUCCCUGGUACCUACCAACAAUUAGCCACAAGCAACCGCGACAUCCCCCAGGCAAGCCACAGUCAUCACGAAAACGCUAUCUCUCGGGUCACGGAACUGCUUCGCAAACAUGCCGACGAGUUCCCCAAGUCCAGCACAUCUUGGGGAAUCUUCGCCGUGAGCUCUGAAGGCCACCUCAAAAGCGUUGAAGAUCAAGUACGCAAUCACCUUUCUCUGCUGGGCUACUCUAUUACGGCGGCAUUUUAUCAGGAGAUUGACCCACAGAGUGUAAACCCUCUCAAGGGCGAACUUGUUGCCGUACUCAACAAAUCUGGAUCCGCGGAGUUGUAUCUAGAGAGUGCGAAGCUGUGGCCUUCGCCGGAGUCAAGCAAUCAAGUUGCCAAUACUCUUGCAACCUCUUCUGGUCGCCAGUGGCCAAGCCCUACAGCAAGCUAUAUCUCGGGCCAGCAGCGCACAUGGAUGGGAUACAGCCUAUCCGGGCCAGAGAGCCAUUUAAUACUGAGCUGCGGCAUUGCUGGAGAGCGGCAGAAUGUAGAGGCAAGAUGGACUGAUGGACAGGAUUAUCCAAUGAUAAAGGAUCCGGUCUGCGAUAGCUGGAGUCAGACAGUAGCGCAUGGAAAUCACCUAUGGGCGAUGGUUCGCGGCCAACAAGUGAAGCUGGAGAAAUGA